UUCAAUGGGUCGAGUUAGAAAUCACUUUAAGCGCAGUUUAAAGCUGAUUCAAGGAAAUGUAUUUUGGAAUGUUUUCAUGUUUCAGUUGCUUUGCGCUUCUCGUGAAAUGAAGACAUUAUUCGCUUGGAUCCCAUGGGUGGCUUUGCUCAUAAGCCACGUAGGUGGUUACCGGUUUCUAGAGGAAUCCUGUUCAGCUCCGAAACAAUACCAAUCACAAAACGAGACUCUGCAACAAUAUGCUACUUGGAUGGCAUAUAUUAGAAAUGCAACUCACUACAUAUGUACCGGAACGCUGAUUAAUAAAGAUUUUGUUUUGACUACUGCUGAUUGCGUACAAGGUCAUGACGAACUAUUUAUUGGCUUGGGAGCAUAUAAAAAAACAGAGCCCGCUCAGAUGCACGGGGUCAGUCAUAGCGUAGUGCACAGUUUGGACUAUAGUGGAAGUCUCCAGAACAAUAUAGGCCUCCUAAAGCUGUCGAACAGCGUUGACUAUAAUGAACGUAUCCAACCAAUUUGCAUUAAUUUGGAUAAGAAUUGGCAAAUAGCCAAAGAUUUAAAAACCUUUGGCUGGAGACCAAAGAAUAACAAACUUCAUGCCAUUGCCCUAAUCCUUUCCAAGCAGUGCCAAUUAAAUUUGAAUGCCGAUUCCGAUCCGAAAAACAUUUGUGCAGUUGCGAAAUCGAGAAGAGCCUCUUGCCAUCUGGAAUCCGGUGCUCCCUUAACCUCUGUUGUCAACGAUCAAUCGAAUGUUGUUCGCGAAGUGCAAAUUGGCAUUCUAAAAAAUGCAAAAAUAAAUUGUAAUGACCAGUUCGCUUAUAUAGAUCUAUCAAGCUAUGUUGAGUGGAUUGAGGCAACUGUGAAGAGAUUUGAUAUCAAGAACCAUCCAAGAAUCCCCCCACAACAACCAAUAGUGCCCAAAGAGCCCAAUAUUGAAUUGAAUCAGGGGAGAUGGUUGUAUGAAAAAUGCCAAGGCUAUACCUUGUCAUCAAAACUACAUGCUCGCAUCUAUGGACCAAAUUUCAGCGGCCAGGGUUGGUUUAUCACAGAUAGAUUUAUCAUCACCAAUGCCUAUAAGUUACCAGAUAAUGCUGUCUCUCUAGAUGUGGGCCUGGUAGGAACCCUUAGACGUUAUGACGAAUUCCGAGUUGUUGCCGUGUUUAAGCACCCACAAUUUUCUGAUGAUUUCAAAAAUGAUUUAGCAUUGCUCAAAGUUAAUAAGCAGGCGAGCAUAGACAAUAUGACGCCUAUUUGUAUGCCUGCGAGUACAAAUUAUGAGCCGCAGGAAGAGUCUAGCUUAAUCACAUUUGAUCAUGUGCAAACUGAAGAUCGCAUGACUAUAUAUCCAAAACCCGCUUCAGUCGAGAACUCUCGUGACUGCUCUUACAGAAUCCAAAACGGAGUUCAACCGAACCAAAUUUGUGUGGAAGUUCCUUCUAGAGUGAGUCGGAAUUAUGGCAAAAGUGGCGACGUAUUGGCAAAGAAGAUUAUGUUUAUGGGACAAGAAAGGCUAGUCCUGGUUGGUAUUAACAGUUAUUCAACUAGCGGCGUGCAAGUUUUCACCAAUAUUACGAGUCAUACCGACUGGAUAGUCAACACUGUUAGCUUUAAUUAAUUUUAGUUAAUGGUAGUUACCAAUUUUAAAGAAAUAAAUAUUCUUAACCAGCAA